UCGCCGUCUGUUCGCUGCUGCGAAAAAGCGAAAAAGCUAAGUAGCGCUCUAUCUCUAGCUGCUAAGCUAGCGCGGAGAAAGGCAGCGCCGGUCAGUAAGAAGCUACUCCUACAGACCGCGACCACUUCCCUGAGGACAGCAGGAACUUCACUCGGUGACAGAAAACACUGUGAGUAAUGGCUUCCUGCGCGUCUUGCACCAUACUCACGGAGAGGUUGGCUCUGCUAGAGGGCCGUGUCCGCCAGUUAGAGCAGAGUAAUGUCGUAACUUUAGAUGUUGCGGACACAUCUGCUAGCGUUAGCUGUAGCGAGCUAACUAGCCCAGCUUGUAGCAGUCCUAAGCGGCCUACAAGCUACGGUGUACCGGUUGAGACGCAUAAUAGAUUUAGCUCUUUAGCUAGUCCUACACCCCAGUCUACCGGGCACCACACCUUAGUUAUAGGGGACUCCAUCACCCGAAACAUAAAGCUUAGCAAACCAGCCACAAUAAAGUGUAUCCCCGGGGCCAGAGCACCUGACAUUGAAGCUAAUCUUAGGGAGCUAACUCGCAACAGGCCUAGUAAACACGUACGACAGGCUAAUCGCACCACUAAUUAUGCGAAUAUAGUUGUACACGUUGGCUCCAAUGACACUAGAAUGAGACAGUCAGAGAUUACAAAGAGAAACAUAGCCAGGACUUGUGAUCUCGCCAGAAAGAUGUCCAGGCAUCGAGUAAUUGUCUCUGGCCCCCUGCCUGCGAGAGGCAAUGAUGAGAGAUAUAGCAGAUUAGUCUCGCUUAACAAGUGGUUGGCUAGCUACUGUAGGCAGAAGGGACUAACGUUUAUUGAUAACUGGCCCUCUUUCUGGGGCAAACCAGGCUUGCUGAUGAGAGACGGCCUUCACCCUAACCAGGAAGGCGCCAUCAUCCUGUCUAGAAACAUAGACUACUAUUUAAGUCUCACUUGACUGACUACACUAGAGCAAGCCCGGUCACAGGCAACUACAAUGUCUGUUAGUCCGGGUGAGGAGUCAGUUAAGCUAGAACUAGCCAGCGCCAGGCUGGAUAAUCCAUGUACGCAUAGCAAUUCUCUUAGAAUAAUACACAAUUCACAUAAUGUUUUUUCUGUUGUGUCUGUGUCAGGGGUGGACAUGCAUUCUACUGAGGUGGCAAAUUAUGAUAUGUCCAGUCUAUUGCAGCACCAAACAAACAAUCGGAAAAUUCCCGUCAUAUCAAUUCCUAGAUAUGGUCGAAACUAUUUAAAGUGCACUACGCAUAAUAAACGCAACAUUGUUAAUAUUGCCACUACGGAUAAUCUUAACAAAAACUCGUCAAAACAGCCCAAUACCUAUAAUAUGGGCUUUUUAAACAUAAGAUCAUUGUCUCCCAAGGCGUUAUUGGUUAAUGAGGUCAUUAGAGACAACAAUCUUAACGUCAUUGGUCUUAGCGAAACCUGGCUCAAACCGGACGAAUUUUUUGCGCUCAAUGAGGCAUCUCCUCCUAACUAUACGAAUGCGCAUGUUGCCCGCCCUCUUAAAAGGGGAGGGGGUGUCGCACUAAUAUACAAUGAAAAUUUCAACCUUACCCCUAACCUAAAUAAUAAAUAUAAAUCGUUUGAGGUGCUUACUAUGAGGUCUGUCACACCGCUACCUCUCGACCUGGCUGUUAUCUACCGCCCCCCUGGGCCCUAUUCGGACUUUAUCAGUGAAUUCUCAGAGUUCGUUGCUGAUCUAGUGACGCACGCCGACAAUAUAAUCAUAAUGGGGGACUUUAAUAUCCAUAUGAAUACCCCAUCGGACCCUCAGUGCGUGGCGCUCCAAACCAUAAUUGAUAGCUGUGGUCUUACACAAAUAAUACAUGAACCCACGCAUCGCAACGGUAAUACAAUAGAUCUAGUGCUUGUCAGGGGUGUCACCACCUCCAAAGUUAUGAUACUUCCAUAUACUAAAGUAAUGUCCGAUCAUUACCUUAUAAAAUUUGAAGUUUUGACUCUUUGUCAACAAGCUAAUAAUAAUAAUAACUGCUAUAGCGGCCGCAACAUUAAUGCUGCCACAACGAUGACUCUUGCUGACCUACUGCCUUCGGUAAUAGCACCAUUCCCAAAUUAUGUCGGCUCUAUUGAUAAACUCACUAACAACUUUGACGAUGCCUUGCGCGAAAUUAUUGAUAGUAUAGCACCGCUAAAGCAAAAAAGGGCCCCUAAAAGGCGCACCCCAUGGUUUACAGAAGAAAUUAGAGCUCAGAAAUUAUCAUGUAGAAAACUGGAAC